AGUUUCACUUCUCCAUUUUUGUUCUUAACCGCAUGCGCGAAUCCAUCAAUUGGCGGCCGAGUACUUACUGUUCCUAAAAAUUAAUAAGAUUUCCCAAUCAUUUAAAUUCCAAUUGAAAACUGCAUUGAAGAUGGCAGAAGGCUCUAGUAGUACCGAUGACAACAAAGAAAUUGUUACAAUGUGCGACUUUUUGCAAGAGGAAGAAGAUUUAGAAGAAAACGCCAACGCUGUUCUAGGGGGUAGUGAUGAUACUUAUUGUUCUUAUGAUAAAGGUUACGUAUCCCGACAAGCUCUUUAUGCAUGUCUCUCUUGUGCAGAAAACAAGGAAUCCGGCGGAAUAUGUUUAGCUUGCUGUUAUGCUUGUCAUGAUGGUCAUGAAGUUGUGGAAUUGUAUACUAAGAGGAAUUUUCGAUGCGAUUGUGGGAACAACAAGUUUCCUGGAAAACUUUGUUCUUUGAGACCGAACAAGGAGAACAUAAAUUCGAAAAACAAAUACAAUCAAAAUUUUAAAGGAGUGUACUGUACCUGUAGCAGACCGUAUCCAGAUUUAGACGAUGAUAUCCCAGAUGAGAUGAUACAAUGCAUCAUAUGUGAAGAUUGGUACCAUGGCCGUCAUCUUGGUGGGGAAGUUCCCGAAGAAUAUUUCGAAAUGGUUUGCUCGAAGUGUAUGGAAUCCCAUUGUUUUCUCUAUGCAUAUUUAAACAAAUUCAAUUGCGUGCAAGUUGAGGAUGAACUGAAGCCUGACUUGAAGGCCUGCGAAAAUAGUCCCAGCACACUCAAAGUUGAAAGUGUAGCUGUCAAAAAGGAAAAUGAAGAAACGAAGACCAAUGAUCAUGUUGCAUCAAAUGGGACUGGUUCAAGUGUGGAAAAUAUUGUAACUAAUGGAAUCAAAGCAGAGCCCCAAGAAAUAUCUUCUAUUAAAAAUGAAAUUUCAUCAUCUUGUAUCUUAAGAGAGCUGAAAAACAAAGAACAAAUUUUCAAUAAAGGACCUGCCUUUUUUCCUGAAAAUUGGCGUAAAGAGUUGUGUUCUUGUAUGUCAUGCAUGAGUAUGUACAGUGAUAAAGAUUGCCAGUACUUGACCAAUCUUGAUGAUACCGUUAAAGCCUAUGAAGAUAGAGGCAAACUCUGUUCUAAUGAAAGUCAGUAUGACAAAGGCUUGAAUGCAUUGAAUAAGUUGGAUAGAGUUGCUCAAAUGGAAGCUAUUAGUGCUUACACCGACAUGAAGGGCCAGUUGAAAGAAUACUUGAAAGAUUUUGCCGAUAAUAAAAGAACUGUAUGCGAGAGUGACAUUAAAGAAUUCUUUGAUCAAAUUCGAAAAAAACAGAAAACAAAUACGGGUGUACCAUAUUUUUGCCGUUGAGUUUGUAAUUUCGGCUAAAUCUUUUACUUUUGUCGUAGUAGGAAUAUGUUUUCUAUUGUACAUUUAUUGAUUUUUUACAUGAGAUCUGCUAAAAUAAAUUAUCCCAUAUCCAAUGACACUAUCUUAAGUUUUUUCUAUUUAAAAGCUAUCUAUUCCUAUUUGAAUAAAGUUUUCUUACUUAAUAAGCCCCUUUAUGU